ACACAUAUAAUAUAAAAAAAAAAAAAAGAAGAAAAAGAAAAAGGAAAGAAAAUUCACAGCGUCUGGCAGAAGGAAAGAGAGCAGGAGAAAAAGAGAGAAAGAGAGAAGUCAAACUUGUAUCACCGGUUCGUCUUUCGAGGAAGAUCGACGCGCCUCGAGAAUGAAGCUGUGGUGGAGUUUAGCGUUGGUCCUCGUCGCCACGUCGAUGUUCCUCAGCACUGUCAGAGCAGAAUCUGUGCUUUGGGAAGAAGACGAUAAGGAGAUUCUUGUACGAACUGUACGUGGCACCAAGGAACGAGCAUCCGGCAGCAGCGCCGCUUCGUGCAGAUACGUCAAGGGUCAAUGGUCGGAGUGCGAUUCAAAAACCAACACUCGUUCCCGAACUCUUAAUCUUAAAAAGGGGGACAAAUCUUGCGAACAAACUAAGACUAUUCAGAAGAAAUGCAAAAAAGGCGUGGCGGGGAGAGCAGCGUGUCGGUACGAAAAGGGCACAUGGAGCGGAUGCGUGAAUCAACUAUCGACGAGAGUGGAUAAUUUGAAGGCGAACAGUGAUCCCACUUGCGAGAAGACGCGUUUGAUUACGAAGAGGUGUAAACCGGAGACCAAUACCAAGAAAUCUACCAAAGGAGGCGAACGAUCGAACAAGAAGUCGGGCAAGCAGUAAGAUAAUUUUCUUGUUUAAAACCGUGUACCGUGUCCCUUUGUAAAACACAUGGCGAUCAAAAAAAAAAAAAAAAAAAAUCCGACAACGGGCAACGAAAAAAAAAAAUGCAUUCUUGUGUUUCCUCUUCGACGUAUAUAUAAAUAUGUUUUAUUAAUGAAUUGUCGUUAUUAAUAAAUCGCGAGUAUACUUACUACGAUCGAGACAUUGUCGUCGAUCGGUUGAAAUAAUAAUAAUAAUAAUAAUAAAUAAAUAAAUAAAUAAACGUUUCUGUGUAGGCGUACAAUUUUGUUGAGUAAACAAAAAAAAAAUAAAAUCAAACAAACUAACAAACAAACAAACAAACAAACAAAGAAACAUAGAAACGAAUCUUCCCGAUUGUCUAAUAAACAAAUCUAAUGAUCGACGUUAAAAAAAUCGGUAAAUGUACGUGAUACCUUAAACGCGUACGUAAGAAGCGAAAAGAAAGAAAGAAUAAAGAAAUCAAAAUAAAAAAUAAAAAAUAAAAAAAAUAAAAAACACUCUCACGAUAUCGCAUUAGAAAGAAUUAUUAUUAUUAUCUUAUACUAAUCGCGUCGAUCGUAUAGGAUACAACUGCUUCUCUAUAUAUAUUUAAUUAUGAUCAACUCUUCCAUUUUCGUGGCCAAAUCUUAUUCCGCGAAAUACAUUUUAUAUAUAUAUAUAUUUUUUUUCCUUUUUUCUUAAAACUUCUUUAAUUUUUGUCGACAAAUAAUUUAAAUGUGGCAUAUAUAUAUAUAUAUAUAUAUAUAUAUAUUAAUUAAUUGUUAAUUUAAUUUUUUCUUGAGGAGGAAUUUCUCAAGAACGUUUUUUGAUAAAAGAAAGAGAUAGAGAGAUAAAGGUACCACCGUUAAAUCUCCCUUAAUAAAAUCUUAAAAUCUACUUGACGAUACGAAUUUUUAAUCUUUCGAAUAUAUUCCGAUAUAUACAUAUAUAUAUACUCAUACAGGAUGGACUGAAAAUCUCUAGAUGAGUCAAAAGUUUAUAGAUAAUCUUAAAAAUCAAUCACUCUCUUUUUCGAGACUUUUUAUAUAUAGGCUAACUUUUUUUUUUUUAAGAUUGUAAAAUUACAAGUUCAGCUUGUAAAACUGCAAGCCUAAGUAGAAGCCUAAAAGGUCUCGUAAAGAAGUCUAAUCGAUUUCUAAUAAUCACUUAGGAACUUUUGACAUGCCUUAAGACUUUUGUCCCAUCCUGUACAUAUAUAUUAACAUUUUUAUGACGUCGAUCAUGACGCAUUUUUUCUCUGAAUCAAACAAAAAAAUAAAAAGUAUAUAUAGAACGAUAUACGAAAUAUAGAUAAUCCCAUUCGGUAACUUAAAAUUAUAUUGAGCACCUUUUUAAGCACGAUUAAUUUUUUUGCUGAUUUAUAUUUUAUUUUUUUCUUCUGUUCCUUUAAUUUUAAUUUAACGGGGUACUUGAAAUCCGUUUAAAGAUUAAAAAAAGCAAAAGAAAAUAUGAAAAUAGGAAAAAAAGAAAAGAAAAAAAAAUGUCACGUUGAAAACAUUUUCCGAACUUAUCAAAUAGCUGUACGGUGUAUCGAUGUUUAAAAAAUGAUUGUGUAUAUUUUGUGUAAUAAUAUGCACGGUCUUCGAUAACGAUUCCAUUAUCCGCGAUAUGUAUUCUUAAUAUCUUCCACUAUUUUUCGAACACAUACACACACGCACACAUACACAAGCGCGCUGACACUCACACACGCAUGCACGUACGCACGUAAGCAAGCAAGCAAACACAAGUGUCUCUUCUAUAAAGUUUCACAAUCGUUGGAAAAAAGAAAAAAUAAAUAAAAAAUAAUAAAAUAGAAAACCAAAAAAAUGCUAAAAAAAAAAAAAGAAUUAUAUUCCGUAUAUCUCUCUCUGAAUGGAACUCGCUAAGGAUACAAAAAUAAAUAAAUAAAUAAAAUAAAGUAAAGAAAUAAAUAAAAUAAAAUAAAAUAAAUAAAUAAAUAAAUAAAUAAAUAAAUAAAUAAAGAAAAGCCGAUGAGCAUAAAAAUCAAAUGAACAUAUUACAUUGUCUCGAAAAGUUUUAUAAUUCUCGGUACUAUCUCUCGGCCAUGGUAAUGUUCACCUUUUGAGGUCAAGAAUGGCAUUCAAGAAUUAUAAAACAUCUUUUCUGAAACUAUAGAAAAUCAAAAUGUUUUUUCCCAAGCUCGACGAGAUCGAUAUAUGUUGUUUUUAAAUCUAAAUGUGUAUACAAAAGUUUGUCGGUAACGAGAACAACAAUUACAAUAACAACAAAAAGAAGAAGAAAAAAGAAAAAAAAAAAGGAAUAAAAAUAAAAAAGUUUUAAAAAUGAAAACCAAAAAAAAAAAUUAAUAUAAUAAGAAAAAUAAGUAAUUAAUUAAUUAAAUAAAAUAAAUAAAUAAAUAAAAGUCGAGUACGCCUUUUUGGUAACAUUUUUCGUGCCUCGAUUAUGAAAUAAAUAUAUCGAGUGUACACAGGCAUGAUCAAAAAUCGUAGUUUAUCGUCUAGAUAACGUAUAUACAUAUACGCCAUAUCAUCGUGAUGAUUAAAAAUAAAAUUUAUUGAAAUAGUAGAAUUUAAGAUAGCGUUAUACACAUUAUACGUUCUCUAUGGGCUCAUUAUUAUUAUAUAUAGUUAUUAUUAUCAGUAAACGUGUCUAUUAAGUAUUAAACAAAAAUAUCAUGCUUGACUUCUCUGUGUGUGGAACUUAAGAAACAAAAAAAGAAAAAGAAAAGAAUAAAAAACAAAAAAUAAAAGAGAGUUCUUCGUGUUUUAAACAGCAUUGUAACAUAGCAUUAAUAGAAAAUACGCUAAACUAUUAGAAAAAUUAAUUUUUUCAAAUCCUUCGACGAUACUAAACACAACUUAGACUUUUAAUGUCUCUCUCUCUCUCUUUACAUGAGAAUAAGAAUUUCGAUAUGUAAUUAUUAUUAUUAUUAUUAUUAUUAUUACUAUUACUAUUAUUAUUAUUACUAUUAUUAUUAUUCGCUUUGCCAAUUUACAACAUUGUAAUCGACAAAAAUUUUCAAGUACAUUAUUAUCGAUAUCAUGCUCGAUUACCGUCAAGUUUCAUUGAUACUCUGUUAAAAUAGUUUAAGCUCGUUAUUAUAAAUAAAUUAUCAUUAUUAUUAUUAUUAUUAUUAUUAUUAUUUUCUUUUGCAUUAUGCAGUAAGCAUUUAGCCACUGCCACGAACAUAAUCAAAUUUUAUUCGACCGAUUGAACCGAAUAGUUCAGAAAGUAAAGAUUCAAUUUGUGUUUUAUGAUCUUUUAAGAAAUAUUAAUUUCUUUUCUUUUUUCUUUCUAACUUCUUGACUCGAGUAUAUCUUAUAGUUUAUCUGAAUCAUCACUGGAUUUAUUUAUGAACUGACAUUACAUAAUAAAAAAAAAAAAAAUUGUAUAAUGUAUCUAUUAAUUAUUAAAUAAUACCGUGUAACCAUUACACACAUGUAACAAAAAUCCAAUGUUGUCAAUAAAAAUUAAAUAUUAUAUAUAAAAUCUAAA